GGAUCCCGCGCACCUGGAGAGAGUAGAGAGGAUGAAGCAAGAGGAGAGGAGGCGAUUCGCAGCGAGCGAUAAGGACCAAGAUGGCGGGCUGGAUAAGGAGGAGUUUAGGGCCUUCCUGUACCCCAGGGAGCACGAUCACAUGCACGACCACCUGCUGCAGGAAACGUUGGAAGGCAUGGACACGGAUGGGGAUGGGGCCCUUACCUACGACGAGUUUACAGGCGGUCCGCACGGGAUGAAGCCCGGGUCCGAGGCUAGACAACUGUUUCAGAAGUCAGACGAGGACGGGAACGACCUGCUGAGCCGAGAUGAGCUGAAGCACUACGUCCUGGCGUCGGUGCUUGGGGACGAGGACAGCAUCGUCAGCACGUUGGACAGGAACAAGGACGGGAAACUGAGCAGGUCAGAGGUCGCGGCUCACCCGGAUGUGCUCACACCGCUGUUAUACAAAGGUCACGGCGACGUCGUGCAUGACGAGUUCUGACCCGGAAUUGAUUGUAGAGGACAACGAAGCUGCAUGACAACUUCAUCACUAAUUCCUGAGAGGAACUCUAGUCAUAGUGAUACUUUUUUUACGUUUUUAACCGAGCCAUUUUUUAGUUUUUUCUAACUUCUUAGAUUGGAAAUAUAUGUAUUCAAUUUAAUUUCUUUUUAGAUUUUAAUGUCAUCUCUUAGAAUCUAGGUUACUUCUUUAGAAUAAGCUUUAAGAUUCUAAGUCACAGAUGCGCCAAAAAGUAGUUACUCAAACAACUGGAUAUGGUUUUGGACGUAUCUAAGUCAUACAAUUUUGUAGGCUUGAAAUAAUUUAUCUCAUUUUGUUGAAA